AUGGAGAUAUCCUGCAGCAGCAGCACUAAUUGCUUCGAGUUCGCUCUAGAAUAUCUUCGCCGCUUGGAUGAUACCGGCACAGGGUACAUUUAUCUUGUCUGGAAUCUGAAGAUCGGACUGAGACUAUUACAAAGCUUUGAUCGGUAUCUGACACUGUGGAGGAGGGGGAACCAUGAAACCUGUUUGGAACAAGAUGAGGAGGAGAAGGAUGUUACGUCUUCCAGAAUUCAAGAUCUGAUUAUCAAGAGAAUGCAAGAUCUUGAAUUUGUUUGCAGCGAAUGCUCGGAUCAUUCGACUCGUGUUGGAAGUGAGCUCAUCAUAUUCCUGAAGGCAAUCAAGUUGUUUUUCGAAACAGUUAUCAACGAAUCGUGCAUCAACUAUCUGCUGGACUGUUACUGGCUGCCAGAUCCAGAGCUCGUUAUUGAUUUCAUCGAUUCUGUUUCCGAGAUUCUGGAGGAAAUUAAAGAAUCCCAUUUCAAACGCCUUGACGAGCGGCUAAUGUUCUUGAAGAGUUUCAUUCGCUUUGCUAUGCUUCGCGGUGUCGAGGGUCAGCAAUUGAUAGGUCUCUUGAUUCAUACUGAAGAGGUGUCUAUGAAGGCAUUUCGCCUGGCUUCUAUAUCGUGGUCUGACUGUUUCAGAUAUAUAGUGCGGCGUGACUGUUCCGGACAUAAUCCUCCUCCUGAAUUAUCAAUAUCAUCAGACACUUCAGCUCUGGAGAAGAGUAAGCAAACAGUAGCUGACUUUAUGGAUCGUCUCGUUCAGACUACUAUGGAGCUACUGCAACCUUGUACUAGUACUCCAGUCCCGAUUAUGGAUCAAAUGCUCGAAAUUGUUGAGGGGCUAAGACUCCUGACAAUCCUUCUCAGGCAUCAGGAGAAGUUCAAAGAGCUAUGCCAUGAAAUGAAGAAUCUUAUUGGAGUUGUGGCCUGUGAUGCAGCGGUUGUAAUUUUCUCUCUUUUUGUGAAUCCAAUCGAAGAAGGCUUGGCCAAGGAAACCGAUCUUGCUCUUUUUCAUUUGCUCAAAGUGCUCAAGCUUAUGAGGGCAGAAUUUACACAGGUCCAUCCACUAACAUCAGUAUCGGGAUUUGGUUUUCCUAGGAUCUGUGAGUUGGGCUCUAUGGAUUUUCUCCUAAGAAAUCUACAGGAACUAGCAAAGUCUGAUGAAAUUAAUGGUUCGAAUGCUUUUCCAGUGGAUAAAAUCCAGACUAUCCAAGAAGAUUUUGAAUUUUUAAGAUCUUUUCUGGAGAAAAUUAAGGAGCAACGCAAUCAGAACGAAAAACUUCAAGCUUUCUGGAGUCAUGUUAUGGAGAUUGCAUAUAAAGCAGAGUUAGUGAUUGACUGGACACUUGUUGGUGAUGGAUGUGAAUAUUUUUUGGAUGAUGUUGCUAGAGAAAUCAAUGUUAUGAAGAUUGAGGCUCAAGAGAUCUAUGACAGCAUAAGCUAUGUUGGUGAAACCAUCAAGGGAGUUACCAAGACUUUCACUCGCGUUCCAUCACAAGUUGCUGUCGCCGCGUACAAUGAAGAGCUGGUGCCUCUCGACGACGAGGUGAAAACUAUCACUGAUGGUCUUACAAGAGAAGGAUCAAGGCAGUUGGAUGUGGUUCCCAUCGUGGGUAUGCCUGGUCUUGGUAAGACCACAUUAGCCAAUAUAGUUUACAAUUCUCCAUCAAUGGAUGAACAUGAUUUGGCUGUAAAGCUAAAACAAGUUUUGUUGAGAAAUAAGUAUCUCUUGGUUUUGGAUGAUUUAUGGGACGCUAAGGCUUGGAAUUUGUUGGAGAGAUCAUUGCCCGAUGACGCCAAUGGAAGCAGGAUUCUCAUCACGAGCAGAUUGCAGAAUUUGUCUCUGCAAUUCAAACCUGAUAGCAAGGUUCACCAUCUCCGCCGCCUUACCGACGAAGAGAGUUGGAAUUUGCUACAGAAAAAGCUAUUUGGCAAAAAAGGUUGUCCUCCAAGAUUAAGUGGAGUUGCUUCUCAAAUAGCAAAAUCUUGUAGGGGCUUACCUCUCACAGUUGUCCUUGUUGCUGGAAUUCUUGCUAAUACUGCAGAAGACUGCUGGAAAGAAGUUACAAAGAGUCUAACUUCUAGUAUUGUUCUUGAUGAUGAAUACUGCAUGAAGACACUUGAGCUGAGUUACACUCAUUUACCGGAUGAUUUGAAGCCGUGCAUUCUUUACUUUGGUGCAUUUCAAGAAGACAAAAAUGUUCCCGUCCGAAGGUUGUUUUGGCUCUGGAUCUCUGAAGGAUUUGUACGAAAGACCGAAGGAAUGAGAUUAGAGGAUGUGGCAGAUGACUACUUGAAGGAUCUGGUUGAUAGAAGUUUAGUUAUAGUUUCCGAACAAAGAAUUAAGGGUGGUGCCAAAGCCUGCCGAGUUCAUGAUUUGGUACAUGAGUUUUGUGUGAAAAAAGCCCAAGAAGAAAACUUUCUACAUAUUUUGCAUAGUCAGAAUGAUUGUUUUAUUCUUACUAGCCCAAGCAACCCCCUUCGAGUUUGUGAUCGAAGUGCUAGGAAUUUGAUGAUUCGGGAGUCAAUGCUAGAAUUUCCCAAUGCCCGCAGUUUGUUAUGGUUUAAGGAGGAUGAUUUGGGGUUUUGGUUACCUAAACUUCUAAGAGUGUUGGAUUUGGGGAAAUUGGUGUUUGUUGAAUGUUUUCCGAUGGAAGUACUUCUGUUUGCUCACUUGAGAUACUUGGCUCUUCGUCUUUACUUGAUAGAUUCUAUCCCAGCUGCAAUAGCAGACCUCUCAAGGUUACAAACUUUUCUGGUACGAGGAGAAAAUGUCUCUGAUUUAUUGUUACCCAAGACUAUCUGGAACAUGAAGACAUUGAGGCAUCUAUGGACUACAAAUCCCGAAGUUGGUUUUAUUUUUCCUGUUGAAAAUCUUGAAGUAUCCUCAGGUUUGGAUCGUUUAGACAGUUUAAGCCUUGCCAUUGACCCCUCCUCUCAAAGCUUGCAAAAGAUACUGACAAAGUUACCAAACAUCCGCAGGCUAAGAUGUAAGAAGACGGCAUCAAGAGAAGAACCUACCAGAGUUGGCGACGGGAUUCUCAUGUUUGACUGUUUGAAUCAACUAGAAUCACUUACUCUGCGUUACUUUGAUAGCUGGACUUCAUCUUCUGAUAAUUUUCCCCGUCUUGAGAAAUUGAUUGUGCACAAUUGUUGGAUGUUGGAAGAGGUGCCUUCUUGUUUAGGGCAAUGUCCGACUCUUGAAAUGAUUGAGGUGAGUGGGUGUCGCGAGUCUGUUGUAAAUUCAGUGAAGCAAAUUCAACAAGAACAGAUAGAUAUGGGAAAUGAGAUUCUAAAGAUCUUAAUUGAAGAUUGCAUUGAUACAUGGAGUUCCAGCGAAGACGAAGAAGGAUGGUAA